CUGAGAGACAACAAAUCCUUCUCUACGCGUUUCAGUCAAAAAUUUGUAGUCCAGCAGUGAGGUGACGUAUCGUUGUUAAACCGGCAUCGUGCGGUUCGAACGGACUCACACAUGACAGUCCUGCGUAAAGUAGAGGAGCUCCACAGAACGGACAGAUAAAGUCGUGAUACACGGUUGAAGGAAACGGAAUGGCCUCGCUGUUGACGGUGAAGACGGAAAAGCGGCCUGCCCCGGACGACGUCGAGUCCAACUGCAAAAAGCCCAGGAAGCUACUGCCCAGCCUGAAGAACAAGCGGGCUUCAGAGCUGGUUCUGGUCAUUGGCACCGGGGUGAGCUCAGCUGUGGCGCCCCAGGUGCCGGCGCUGCGCUCCUGGAAGGGGCUCAUCCAGGCGCUGCUGGACGCCGCCAACGACUUCGACCUGCUGGAGGAAGAGGAGAGCUUCCGCUUCCAGCGCAGCCUGCGGGAGGACAAGAACUUGGUGCACGUGGCCCAUGACCUCAUCCAGAAGCUCUCCCCUCGGACAGACAACGUACGUUCGACCUUCUUCAAGGACUGCCUCUACGAGGUGUUCGACAGCCUCGAGAGCAAGAUGGAGAAUGCCGGGAAGCACCUGCUGCGCUCCGUGCUGCAGCUCAUGGAAAGCGGUGCCCUGGUGCUCACCACUAACUUUGACAGCCUGCUGGAGAUCUACGCAGCCCACCAAGGCACCAAGCUAGAGUCGCUGGACCUCACUGAUGAGAAGAAGGUGUUGGAGUGGGCUCAGGAAAAGAGGUCUCUCAGUGUGCUCCACAUCCACGGAGUCUACACAAACCCAAGCGGCAUUGUGCUACACCCUGCCGGUUACCAGAAUGUUCUGAGGAACACCGAGGUCAUGCGGGAGAUCCAGAAGCUCUAUGAAACCAAGUCUUUCCUGUUUCUGGGCUGUGGGCGCACAGUGGAUGACACUACCUUCCAGGCUCUCUUCUUGGAGGCGGUCAAGCACAAGUCGGACCUGGAGCACUUCAUGCUGGUACGCCGUGAGCAUGUGGAGGAGUUCAAAAAGCUGCGUGACAACAUGCUGGACAAGGGCAUCAAAGUGAUCUCCUACGGCAGCAACUACACCGACUUGCCUGAAUACUUUGAGCGGCUGGCCAAUGAGAUCUGCUCCCGCGGCAGGGCCAAGAAUGGCUACGCUGAGGGGUUCCCAGAACAAGAAGUAGCAGAAAACCAAAAUGGGUUUAAUUGCCAGAAGAGCCUCCUUCAAGUUGACUCAUGUGUGGGACUGCAGCAGAACUCAGACCCUUACUUGGGCACAGUUACAUGGCAGGACUCGAAGCGUGAGGCCAGCUGCUGACUGCCGGGAACACCCAGCCGGUAUAUGGUGCUCAGUCCUUUGACCUUAUCAAUAAGAGGAGAACAGGUUGAACAGACUAAAACCAAAGGUUACUGGAACGUUGUGAAAAGAAAUCACGGGACUGGCUCUUCCAGAAACUCAGAAGUCCAUUUCCGACUUGGCGGCAGACGCAAACAACUUCUGGAUACAAAGUGAUAAGGAUCACAAUUCCAGCGGGCGAGACGUUCGGUAAUAAUCACAGUGCUGCAUAAUGGAACCACCAGCAGCCAAGCAAAACUGUAAUUACCUACAUCUGCCUUCUUUUUUUCACCAUAUUUAAGUAAUUUUACAGGUUUUUGUCCUCACAAUGUCUCACAAGGAGAAAUCAGGCACAUAAAGCCAGUCAGAGCUUGAGAUGCACGGUGAAACGAAGCUCUAAGAUGUGGGGGACUUGCGCCAUGUAAGAUUAUUGGCAGACAUUGGACAGCAGCACAAAAGGCAAUCAAUGCAAAGUCAAGAAGGCAACCUAUGAAUAUGUAAUCAAUACCAUCUAUGUCUGGGAACUUUAUCAGCAUGACCCAGCUGUUUAUUUCAUGAGGGGCUUCUGUUCUGGAACUCAAGUUUCAGUUAAUGAAGUUGUCACUGGUAUUUUGGGUUAAACAAAGCCUGUAUUUAUUGAUGUCAUACAGCAGUGGCCAGCAUGUAUAUUUUUAAAUGUAAUUUAGCUUACUUGCUUGUUCAGGGUAAGUUAAAUAACAGCUAUGAGGAAAACAGUGUGUUAAUAUUGCUCUGAAGGUUGGAAAAUGUCAAUAAAAGAGUAACGUAUUA